GAAAAAUUUGGCCGUUUAAACCGCUGCGAACAGAAGCGGACUUCUCGCAGCGAAGUGCGGGGGCCUUGGAACGAGCCAGCGAGGAGCGAAUUAGAGCCGAACGGAAACGCUAAAUUGAUGCAUUCCGUCCCCAAUCGAUUGCUAAUUUCCUAAAUUUGUCGCUCGAUUUAAGCUCGCCUUCGUUGCCUCUUCGCCCUCGAUUCUUGCUUCAGGUAAGAAUCCAUCCCCUUCUUUCUCCCCAGUUUCCUUCCAUUUCCGCUUCUAAAAAUUCCGCAAUCGUCCCUUUUUCUAAUCUCCUUUUCACCCCAUUUUGUUUCUUAAUCUAUCUCCUAGCCCCCAUUGUUACUGGAUGAAACCCUAAUUUUUGGGAAGGAGCAUUCCUUUCCAAUUUAGGGUUUGUUCCUUUCUAAUUGGGAGACAGGGGGGAGGUGUUUGAAUUUAGGGCUUUUAUGAGGAUUCGCGAGAAUCCGGAUCAAAAGUGUUCGUUUGUUGUUCAAGUUUAGAUUUUUAGAGGUUGCAGUAGGAUUAGGGCGGGUUUGGCCUUUUAGGGUUUUAAAGAUUUGAUCUUUCGGGGGGGAGAAUUGAUCGGGAUUGCUGAUGGGUUCUAGGGUUUGAGACGCCCUCGCCUUCUUUUGUGGUUCGUGCCGCUGUUCUUGGUGGUUCGUUCCGCUAGGGACGAGUAAGGGUCAAAUUCCCGUUCUUGGGAAGGAAAAUGUCGUCCGCCGGAGCCACUCUCAGCCCCGUCGGGGGCGAUCUUGCCCUCUCUUCAUUCCUCUCCGAGGGUAUCGGAUACCCACAUUGUUCCCCAGAGUCGAUCCUGAUCUACCUUGCCGUCCCGGGGGCUUCGGUGCUCCCAAUGACGGUCCUGGAGUCCGACUCUAUCUCCUCCGUUAAGCUUAGGAUCCAGAGAUGCAAGGGAUUUGUGGUAAAGAAGCAGAAGCUGGUAUUCGAUGGCCGGGAGCUCGCCCGGAAUGACUGCUUCAUCCGGGACUAUGGCGUGUCUGAUGGGAAUGUCCUCCAUCUUGUCAUCCGGGUAUCUGAUCUCCGUGCCAUCACUGUCAAGACCGCCUGUGGGAAGAAAUUCAAGUUCCAUGUCGAGCGUGGCAGGGAUGUUGCAUAUGUUAAGAAUCAGAUUGCAAAGAAGGAUAGAGGUUUUGUUGAUCUUGACGAUGGAGAACUCUUUUAUGAUGGCGAGGAGCUUGAUGACCGGCGGCUGAUUCAUGACAUCUGUAAGUACAAUGAUGCCGUGAUGCACUUGCUGGUGCGGAGAUCUGCAAAAGUAAGGACUAGGCCUGUCGAGAAGGAUUUUGAGCUAUCUGUCAUAGCACCUGAGAGGAAGGUGGGUUCAGAUGAUCUUCAGAUACUUACCAGGAAACCACCAGAUAGAGGUGCUUGGGUUGAGCCAGUCAUUGUUAACCCGAAAGUUGAAUUGCCUGCGGUGAUUGAUGAUCUUGUUCGUGCUACUAUUGCUGGAUUGGAGAAGGGAAAACCGCCUGUCAUGUCUUCAGAAGGUACAGGGGGAGCUUAUUUUAUGCAGGAUGCAUUGGGUCAGGGAUUUGUUGCUGUUUUUAAGCCAAUUGAUGAGGAGCCGAUGGCUAAGAAUAAUCCUCGAGGGCUUCCCUUGUCAACAAAUGGUGAAGGGUUGAAGAGAGGAACUCGGGUUGGAGAGGGUGCGCUCAGGGAAGUUGCAGCUUACAUUCUUGACCACCCUGUAAGUGGGCGCCGGUCAUUCUCGGGCUUUGAUAUUGGGUUUUCUGGUGUUCCUCCAACAUUCAUGGUGCGGUGCUUGCAUGAAGGUUUCAAUCAUCCUGAAGGGUAUGAGCAUGCACCGAAGAAUUUCAAGAUUGGAUCCUUGCAGAUGUUUGUGAGGAACAAUGGGAGCUGUGAGGACAUGGGUCCUCGGGCAUUUCCAGUGCAGGAGGUUCACAAAAUAUGUGUGUUGGACAUAAGGUUAGCUAAUGCCGAUCGGCAUGCUGGAAAUAUAUUACUCUGUGAGGAAGAAGAAGGCCGACUGGUGCUGGUUCCAAUUGAUCAUGGAUAUUGCUUGCCUGAGAAUUUUGAAGAUUGCACAUUUGAGUGGCUCUACUGGCCUCAGUCUCGCGAGCCUUUUAAUUCCGAAACCAUAGACUACAUAAAAUCGCUGGAUGCUGAGCAAGAUAUUGCUCUUCUCAAAUUCUAUGGCUGGGACCUUUCAGUUGACUGUGCUCGCACUCUUCGCAUCUCCACUAUGCUUUUGAAGAAGGGUGCAGAAAUGGGGCUUACGCCAUAUGAUAUCGGGAAUAUGUUGUGCAGAGAAACGGUGAAGAAAGAAUCCAAGAUUGAAGAAAUCGUCGGUGAAGCAAAGGAUGCUGUUCUUCCAGGCACCAGUGAAACUGCAUUCCUGGAGUCUGUGUCCAAAAUCAUGGAUCGUUAUCUUGAUGAAUUCACAUCAUAAGCCAGCAGUUGUGCUUAUAUAUAUGUAUUUACAGAUGUAUGUAUGUGGAUGGUUUAUUGUCAGUCAGUCCGAAAGCAGGUUGUAAGUGUGUGGGUGACUGCUAGAACUGCUGUCCCCGCUCUUGUUUAUUGAUAUGGUCAUGCCCUGGCCAUAGCACAAGAGGCCAGAGGUUCUUGAGACUUUGGACUGCAGCUCUUACGAUCCCUCUCGGUUGGUUCAAGUCUCAUGGAAUAUUGAGUGGACGAACAGAAACUCAAGAUCAUAUCAAAACUGUUUGUGCUCAUUGAAUGCUUGGAUGGUAUAUAUCAUGAAUAAAUCUGAUAUUUCUUGUGUA